UGACCUAUCAGAGGCCAGAUCUUUCAGUAAAGUCAGGUUAAUCGCUCAUGGGCGAUACAGGAAAUUUAGUCUUUUUCACACCAGGACAGUGAAGCUGAAGGCAGAAGAUUUUAAAAACAAGAUUUGCCCAUUUGAAAAAAGAUACCACAGUACAGCGCUCUUGUGAAGUAAUUUCCACGUUAUGCAAUAUUCUGUAAAUAAGUGUGAAACUGUGAGAUAGACACCACAGAAGAAGUUAUAUGAUUGAAGGGCUUCAUGUUGCAUUACAGAAUGGAAAGCUGUGUUAUUUCUCCUUUGUCUGAAGAAAUAAUUCCGUAUGACCAUGAUGCUCGGCCGAUAUAUGACUUCUACCCAUAUCUCAGUACUGACCCUGAGACUCAUCCUGAAAGUGGAUGGGACUACGCAAGUGUUCAUGCUCAUCACAGUGAAUUUGAGCCGCCUCAAGGAAACCAUUUCACUGAGCUUCAUCCCACCACAUACCGCUAUGGAGAUGUGGAGUCCUUCCAUCCAUCUGUAGAUACAGGGAUGGGAACACUUCUACCUGUGAUUCCUCCACAGUAUACAUACGUCCCCCACGCGCUGUACCAACGGUCCCCCCUUCCCCACUGCAGUACUGAUGAGGAGGACCCCGGGGGACGCAGUCCACCCUUUGAGGUGUCAGAAGGUGAGGAGGACAAUGAUGGGCAUCCGGGCACCUCCAGCACUCUAUCAGGAAACAAAAGGAAAGUGCGUCUCUAUCAGUUCCUCCUGGACCUUCUGCAGGAUGGAGACAUGCGGGACUGCAUCUGGUGGGUGGACAGAGAGCGAGGCAUCUUUCAGUUCUCCUCUAAACACAAGGAGACACUUGCCAGCCGCUGGGGCCAACAGAAGGGCAACCGCAAGAGAAUGACCUACCAGAAGAUGGCCAGGGCCCUGCGCAACUACGGCAAGACCGGAGAGGUCAAAAAGGUCAAGAAGAAACUUACAUACCAGUUCAGCAGUGAGGUGAUGAGGAGGACGACUAUGGAUAGGAGGCAGUAUCAUCACUGACACUCUGGACACAAAAUGUUUCCUUUAGAUCUGGUGUCUCUUACCUACAAUGUCAUUUUUCACAAAUUCUCUCACGUCACUGUUCUGCAGUAAAAUUGUAAUCUCAGGGAUACGUAAUAUGUAGCCUAUAGGUAAUAUAGGGAUAUGUAAUAUUUGGGUAGCUGACAUGGACAUUGACAUUUUUAACCACUUUAAAUCAGCUUUUUGAUUUCACAAUUAUUUCGCUAUACAUUGCAAUAGACCAGUGAUGUGACAAAUGGAUUUGGGGGGGGGGGGGGGGGGGGGGAGAUUCCAUGUAGUCUCUCAAUUAACAUGGUCAUGAAAAUGGCACAACAACAACAAUAAUAAUACAAUUUUUAAAAAAAUGCUGUUUAAAGACAUUUAGAUGGAUUUAACAUGUUAUACUGUAGGACAUUUCUAUGUAUUCAGCUAUUUUGACAGUUUCAUAUAGGUUGACUCCCAAAUGCUUUCAUACAAAUAACUAAAGCCUUAACUUAUAUUAUGCUUAUUAAAAAAUCUUUCCUUUUAUUAUGUGAAGGUGUCAAACUGCUAAAUAAAUGAACCUGGAAGUCAACUACAACAUCCCUCCCCGAGAAAAAAAAAAAUGCUUAUUUACUUCCUACUGGGUUUCUUGUAGUAUUUGUUAUAGCAGAACUGUUAUUGCAGUGAAAGGUAGGAAACAUUCUAGGGGACUACAACAAUUUAAGUAGCAUUAUUUGUAUAAUUACAUACUAAUUACAUGCUUAAUAUCAUUAUUACUGUGUAAUUACAUAAAAACAUGCAUUGAUAAGUACAGCAUGUGACAAGCAUGGAACAUUAUUUGUUUAUACAUGUACAAAAUUGUCAGUUUUUCUAUUCUAUUAUUGAUGUAUAACAUUUGAUGUUCAUGGUAAUACUAUUUCUACUAUGAAUUACUUCAUGAAAAAAAUAUUUGAACUAUUUGAAAAUUAUUCUGACAAUCCAAUAAUAAUAAUAAUAAUAAUAAUAAUAAUAAUACAAAAAUUAAUGUCUAAUCUCGUGACUUUGCUCUAUGCUGCCACCCACGGGGCAGUGAAUAAUAUGAAUUCCCCCAUAUACAAAAACAAAUUAAUUCACAGAACUUGUUGAUUUCCUUGCUCUUUAGGGCAUUUCCAAAGUUAUUUUCAUCACUCAAGUCAUGUUGCAAUUGUUAUCUUGAAGGAUUUGGUUUCUGUUUUUAAAGUGAAAUAAAUGGUGGGCAGAAAAACAAGAGCAAAAGAGAAACCAGAGAAAUCUUUAAA